UGUUAUUGUUGCUGUGAAUUAGUUUUACAGGAAACUAUAAAUCACGUUGCUGUUCCUGUGCAUGAAGGAACCUUGUAUCCUCCUUUUGUUGUCACAUUGUUGGCCAAUGGGGUUGAAUUCCAGUACUGAAGGGGUGAAGAGAUGUUGAAAACUCAGCAGUGCCCUCAAAACCGCAGUUUGAGGUCCACGUGGAAGUUUGAUUUAGGGCAGGAGACUUUUAUCCCUGAUUCUUCUAAUCAUACUUUCCCACCACUAUUACCUUUUUUUUCUCUUGCUUUUUUUUUUCAAACUAGAAUCCCCCUCACUGUUUUGUUAUGAUUAUCUAAAACGUUCCAUCAAGAAGCAGGAAAUAUUUAAUUAAUUUUAAACAUAGUGUAGAAAAGGUCUCUGAGACUCCAACAAUCAAAACUGAAUUUUAGAGCAUUUAAAGGUUAGAAUAUCCUGGACAAACAGUCUGUAUACAAUAGUAUUCAACCAUCUACUCUGGUUUAUUUGGGCUCAAAUACGACUACAUGGGAAAAUAUUACUUCUUUUUUCUUCCACACCAUGUAACCAUGUGUCAUAAAAGGACUUUGAAAUAAGGCUUGAAGGUGACUAACACCCAUAUCUAACUCAGACGGAAAUUGAAGAUCUAUCAUUAUUACCCAGAGGCAACAUUUGGCUGUAAGAAGAUAAGGCUGUUCAGAGGUCAGUGACGUGUGCAGCUUAUGACAUCUUUCAACAUUUGCGUGAAUGAUGGAAAGAUCACUGAGAGUCUGAGCAAAAGGGGGAGGAGACAACAGACCAGUACCACAAGGAAAUAUACCACCACAAAACAAAGUUGGAGCCACACUAAAAGCAGUAGAGACCCUUUUAUUUCAAAUCAGGAAAACAGUAUUUUUAUUAUAAUAAUUAACAUUAGUAUUACAUAGACAAUGCAUUUUAAUAUGACAAAGAUUUCCUCUUUACUCUUCACAAACUAUUUAGAAUUUUUUUUGGAUAUGACAGAUUUUUUUCUUUUGCUUUUUUCCUGGAACUCAAUAAACAUAAUUGUUCUUUGUCUGAAUUUCCUGAUAACAGCUGUUUCCCUGUGCUUUUAUUUUGAAAGUACUUACCUGAACUCAGGCACAAACCUUUUUUUCAGCUUGAUGAGUCAGGGUGUUUUGUCUCACCUGCACUAAGCCGUUUAGCAGACACAGCAGAGGUCUUAGGAUCGACAAAGUCUUUAAAAGUUUUAUUUUUAAGUCUUCGUAUUUUUAUAAAGUUUUUUUAUUUCUUUGUCUUUCAUAGGCAAAGCAUUCAAACUGUUUCCAGACUAUUAUGGAUCCAAACCAUCAACAUCAGAUUCCAAGCGCUCCUCCACAGGAUCUGAACGAGGACAAGUCUUUUCCAAGUAACUACCCUGCUCCUCCACCUUACCAGACUCUGCAGUUUCCAGGACCCUCUCAGCCUGGAAUGGGAUUCCCGCAGCCACAGCAGGGAUUUGGAAGUCCGCCACCAUUUCCGGUUGCAACAUACGAACAGCAGCCGUACCCUCCAGGCUUCCAGUACCCAGCGCACCCCGGUGCCUUCAGUGUCCCCCCCACAGUUGUACUGACCAGAGCCCCUUUACAAGACCCUGUUAACAACUACAUGUGCUACUCCAUCUUCACCACCAUCUUCUGCUGCCUGCCGUUUGGAAUCGCUGCCCUCAUCCAUUCCAAUGCCGCCAGCAGAGCCAAUCAGAUGGGCGACCGGGCUGGAGCAGAGAAAAAUGCCAGAUUAGCCCGGAACCUAAAUCACACAGCUGUAGGAUUGGGGAUUCUGGUUUACAUCAUUUUUGUUGCUGUAAUGGUGUUUGUUCUUCUUUAUUAAUAAGUUAGUUGGAGCAUCUUUAUUUAAUGCUCACUCAUGUCAGAGACUCAGACAGCAUUAUUGACAUUAUUGACAUGAUUUAGUAAACACAAAACCACAAGACAUGUUAGAAAUAUGUUGAAACUAAUGUUGCAAAGAAACUGUGAUCAAGUCUGAUGAUCAGUAAAUGUUUAAAUACUGUAAAGGUGUUCUUAUAUCUAUGUACAUAUGCUAUAAUGUAGUUGUCAAAUGAUUGUGUUUUUAUUUGCACUAAAACUGUGUCUCUCAUUUUGGGGCACUUGUACCCACUAGGGUUAUGCAUUGCACAUUUUUAGGUCUUUUAGGUAGUUUUCAUAUUUUUUAUAUAUCAUACUAAAAAUGUUUUUAAAAAAGUUUUAACACACAUUUCAGAAAUAUAUAUUUUUAGUUAGGAAGUCUAUAUCUAGCUUUUGUUUUUAAUGCUAAUGGCCAAUACUCACCCAUGACAUCAUACAUGAUAUUAGAAGUGUCUUCAAAACCCACAACUUUGUGAAUUCUAACAAUGAAGUCAUGAUUUAUUUAGUAUUUAUCUUUACCUACAACUGUAUUUUAAAAAAUAAAGCAUUUCCACUUGUU